UUUAUUAUAAUUUUAGACUAAAGUAUUAUUAAUUGAUUUAUCAGAUAUUAGAGACAUUAAUUGAACAUGGACCUAAUUAUUGCCUUAUUUAAUUUAAGUUAUGGUCUUGUUUAAUUUAUUACAUAAACAUACAAUGAAAUAAUAGUAUUAGAUAGGUAGCACAUAAUAAAUGUGAAUCAAGAAUUAAAGAUUCGGAAUAACCUAGAUAUUGGUAACAAAAACGAAUUGACUCUCAGAAUGGGCAAUGUAGGAAGUAAUCAUCCAAAGGAAUGGAACAAAGAUGAAUUCAAUAAACAAGCUGAUACGGCGCCCUCAUCUCCCGUAAAAGAAGGUGAAGCCUUUACAUUUGACAAAAAGCCUGAUGACGAUAUAAUAAUUGGACAUGAUGACGACAAUGACUUAGAAGAUGGAGCUCCAUAUUAUACAAAAGUUGUGCCUGAGAAUGAUAUUGAGGAACCCAUGCCUCGACAAAGAUCUAAUACACUAACUGAUAGUUCUAAGUACAUAGAAGAUUUUGCAGUAUUACCCACUGUUUUUAAAUGGGAAGGUGGAGGAAAACAGGUUUUUAUAAGUGGAACAUUUACGGACUGGAAAACUAUUCCCAUGGUUAAGUCUCAUGGAGACUUUGUUACUAUUAUUGACCUGCCUGAAGGUGAGCACCAGUAUAAAUAUUUUGUUGAUGGGGAAUGGCGGCAUGACCCAGCAGUUAAGGUUGUUGACAAUGGUAUGGGAUCUAAGAAUAACUUGGUGACUGUAAAGAUGUCAGACUUUGAAGUAUUUCAAGCACUUGCAAAGGAUAGUGAGGGUGUACAUAGCACAGCUCAAACUGAGUAUUCACAGGAAAUUCCACAAACAAAACCAUGGGAGAAAGUAUCAGGACCUCCAAUAUUACCGCCACAUCUAUUGCAAGUUAUUCUAAAUAAGGACACACCAAUAUCUUGUGAACCAACGUUACUCCCGGAACCGAACCAUGUUAUGCUGAAUCAUCUGUAUGCCUUAUCAAUCAAAGAUGGUGUUAUGGUAUUAUCAGCAACACACAGACAUAGAAAGAAAUAUGUAACCACGCUGCUUUACAAACCAAUAUGAGCAAAUAUGUGAUAAAAAUGAUAAAAUGAUGCCUUAAAUUAAUUAAUAAAUUAUAGAGUAGGUUUGGUUGGUAUUAACUUUUAUUUAUUUGAGUGUGCAAUAUAGUUAUAAAAUAAAAUAAUACAUUGUU